AUGAAAACGCAGAGCAACAAUCAGGAUCAUCAUCCGGAUGCGCAAGGCUACUUUACCUCUGUAGACAUGAGCAGAGAGACACAAGCACCACAAGCUGAUUUGACAGACUUGGAGCCCACCCUACAAGACCAACAUGUAAGCUACGCCGCCUACACGCCAUCGCCAUUGCAUGUAGACAAUGAGAAAUGGAGUGUUGAUAGUGCUCAAGAUGUCCAUAACAUGCACUACCGUGACAGCAAUGCUACGUCCAUUGAAGGCAGCCCGCCUUUUCCAAAGCCGCACAAAAACACAUUACUUGAAGACGAACUGGAGCAGGAACUGGAAUCAAGCAGUGAUUCAUCCAACGACAUUGACGAUGACAAGGACCAUAAUUUCGAUUGGAAUGACAGUGAUGGCAAUGCAGACAAACAAAGCGCCCGUUCCGUUAAACGAAAUACUACGUUUCAGCGAGCCAAGAGACUAUACCGAAAAUAUUGUUUUUGGCAUUACCUAUCUCUCUUUAUGAAGCGUGUUGUCAUUGCAGCCAUUGGCUCUGCCAUCUUUAUUACUGUGGGCGUGUGUGUCUAUAUUUACUUUCCUCGGCCCUCGCCAAGGGAGGAGGAUGAUCCCAGCUUUGAAAACAUUCGAGACAACGUCCAGGUGUGGAUGUACUGGGCUGCAUUUAUGUGGCACAUUGUAUGGUUGAGCACAUUUAUGACAGAAGCAGUUCCGUAUAUAGUAACCAAAUGGGUAUGGUUCUUUAAGGGUCGCAGAUCCGAGAAGGUCAAGAGCUACAUGGAGUAUUACAUGAGCCUAAAAUACUACAUUGGCCUUUUGGUAAUCACUGCUUGGAACUGGGGAACUUGGGCCUUUUUGAUCACAAUUGCUUAUCCGUCUGUUCUCAAGCAGCCGUACACAACCACACUAUGGAGAGUCUUUGCUUGUUUGUUUGUAGCCUCGGUGUUUCUACUAGUACAGAAAACCAUUAUUCAGGUUGUAGUUUUAGACACACUUGGUAAGGCCGAGUUUCGAUAUCGAGCAUCCACCGCGGCAUCUAGAAUGAGAAACCGCAAACGACCCGAUCUAUCAGCUCAAUCCACUAGUGAUUUCCUAGAUACCGCGACGACAACUGCUGCUGCUGCUGCUACUGCAAGCUCCCUAGGCCUUAGCACAGGCAUAUCUCCCAGCGUCAGUACCAGUGAAUACAUGUCUGGUCGAGGUGAUCUUACUUACAGGCAACUUAGCUCAAGUGAUCUGCUAUAUUCAUUCAAGAAGAAUCUGAAGCGAGCCGUCAUCAAUGAACAACCACAUGUCAGCCGUCAUAUGCGAAAAGAUAUGGAUAUUAAUAGCGAUGAAUAUGCAAGGAAAAAUGCCAAAAAACUUUAUAUAUCACUAGCUUAUCCAGACGGUAUCUUGCCAGGAGAAAAUCAGGCACGACGUUGCUUGCUCAUUUCUGAUUUCGAACCUUACUUCAAGACCACUCAGGACGCUAAAGUCGCUUUUGAUAUUUUUGAUCGAGAUGGCAACGGUGAUAUUACCCGCCGAGAGUUUCGUGAUACAGUAGUGCACAUCUACCGUGAGCGUAAAGAUAUUGCCAUUUCCAUGCGUGAUACAGGCCAAGCGCUUGGCAAGAUAGACUAUAUGCUGUUCGCCAUCAGUCUGGUGGCACUCUUGUUGACCUCAUUUGCCAUCUUUAAUGUUGAGGUGUGGCACUCGCUUGUCCCUUUGGGCUCCAUCCUGUUGGCUCUGACAUUUGUAUUUGGUAACACUGCCAAGAAUACAUUUGAAAGCAUCUUGUUUCUGUUCGUGACACAUCCUUACGAUGCGGGUGAUUAUGUCUUGGUGGAUGGCCAAUACCUGCUUGUUCAUAAUAUGGGUGUCAUGGGCACCUCCUUUGUCUCUGGCGAUGGCCAGCUCAUCUACGCACCCACUACUGUAUUAAUGACAAAAUUGAUCACCAAUGUACGACGUUCUGGAAGCAUGGGGGAGUCCAUCAAGAUCAACAUUGAUUUCCGUACAACCACCAAUCAGUUCUGGGAGCUACACGACCGUUUGCUUGCCUGGGUCACCAGCCAAAGCCGUGAAUUUGGACCUGGAUUUGAUCUACGUGUCAUUGACAUUGUCGAUGUCAAUCAACUCAUUCUGAACAUAUGGCUGCCGCAUAAAGGCAACUGGCAAGAACUGGGUAAACGAUUCCAAAGAAAGACAAGAUUUAUGCUCGCUCUCAAGGAUAUCAUGACGGAGCUCAACAUUAGAUACGAGUUGCCUGCUCAAAGAAUCACUCAGGAGGUGCAUCCAGCAGAACCUCAUCCUGCUCCUCUCUUUGGUCAACGUAUCGAAGAAUGUCCUCAAUCAUUCAGUGCGCAUGUCACUUCUCCCCCUAUACGAGGUGUGGGCCCUUCUGAUCCAGCAGAGGCGAAAGCUUACGAGGAAAUUCGCAAAGGUAGAGCCAUUCGAGGUGAUCGCUACAACAUGGAUCAAGGCGGUUCAGCAUCGGCCGGCGGCGAUGGUGGUUGGUAG